CACAAACACGUGCCUUGAAGUGUGGCUACUCCACUGGCUACUGCAUGCAAAGGUCUGUGUUGACGAGGAUACUGAUAUCGCUUAUUGACGGUGAUUCCGCAAACUACACCGCAAGACGAACACCGUCACAUAGCACAAUGUCCACCUGUGAACGAUUGACCCAGCUCUUCUUUAUAGAUCAGCAAGGUGACGGCGCAGUCUUGGACGCAACACCAAAGGCCGACAGUCUUGGAACAACGACGUCGUCAGUAUCCGGCCGCACUGAAAGCUCUUCUCGUCAAUUUUCCUCCCAACUCUUCUUUAUGGACCGCCGAGGUGACUCCGCUCUUCUUCACACGCCACUGACACCGGAACGCCUACCCAACACACAAGGAACGACACCCACAUCAACAUCCUCUGCAGAAGACUUUAUCUCCCUCACCCCAACCCAAAAAGAACGGCGAAGGAAGCAGAGACACGGCCAAUCAAGUAAAAGAAAAAAAUGUCGGAAUGAUGGUGGCAUAAACAGGCUACUUGUCGAACAGGAUGUGGAAGACCGAGAGGAGGACAAAGAUGGCCUUUCAUCAGAUGAAACCCCAGAACAAGAUGUAGACCCGGAAGAAAUGGCUAUCAUGAUGGAUUAUAUCCAAAACUCUUCCGUUGGAGAUCUCUCCAGUGCAUUAACCCACCUGACUUCUUUAUCGGCCUCAUCGGACGAAGAAGAAGCAGAAGUUGGGCUAUAUGAAGCAUUGAUGAUGGGACAUGAUGAUGAGGAAGUGGAUACUAGUGAUGAUUCUAGUGACGAGAUACCAUCAUUUGCACGGCUGGGGCUGGGAAGUGAGAAUGACGAUAGUGACGAUGACGAAGAGUAUCUCAAACAAGAUUUCGAAGGCAGAAAGUCCGCAUGGGAUGAGAAUACUUCCCGGAAUAAAGAUCCUUCCGAGCGCAAGUUUCAGCAAAUUCUCAAAGCAGACUUUGGUUCCAAAUCCCAAGCACGUAAACAAAAGCGACGCGAGCAGGCCGAGUUCACCCGCAACAAACACCAAAAAGCCCGCGAAAGAGCCAACGCCGGCCAAAACCUCAACGCUGCCCUCUCACGCUCAGGCACAAAAAUCACUAAAGAUGUGACUACAUUCCUUUCCACCGUCAACUCAACCAUGCACACAUUCACCCAAAACGAACCCUCCAAACCUUGCGUGACUCUCCCACCCAUGCCAGGCGCAGUCCGACGACUCGUCUACAGCAUGGCAAGGGAGUAUCAUCUCCUACCCAAGACCCGCGGAAAAGGAAAAGCCAAAGUCUCCGUUCUAAUCCGUACACAACGAUCACAUGUACCGCAACAUUGGAAAUCGGUUGUCAAACAAGUUGUCGAAGCAGAGGGAGGAAGAUUAAAGGGGAAUACCAGGUCACCUGGUAGCGGGACCAAAAAGAAGAAGCCACCAGGGGCACCCGAUCAAAAGGCGCGACCAAAAUUGGGGUCUGUGGUUGGAGAGGGAAGUAAGCCGAUCGGUGAAGGGAAUAUUGGGCAUCGGAUGUUGAAGGCGAUGGGGUGGACUGAGGGGCAAGCAUUAGGCAGUGAAGGAAGCCAAGGCUUGGUACAUCCUGUGGAGGUUAUGGUGAGAAGCAAGCGGUCUGGUUUGGGUAAUGCUAUUUAGGAGGGCGCGGCCGUCGAAAAGUUGUGGUAUAUUAUUUAUUAUUGAUCUGCAGUUGGCUUUUAAGGGCGUUCUGCUCGUGUAUAAUGUAAAAUAUAUAUAAUAUAUAAUCUGGUCUUGGUCUUGCGUACUCCCG